AUAUCGUGAUAGCGUUACAAUCGUGAAUAAGAUCAUCACAGCACAUCCUUUCCAGACGUCGAUCGCAUCGCUUCAUCUCGGUCUCUCUUCAGCCUCACACAUCCGCUACAAGCAUCACCGUCAUCAUCACCAUCAGCUCAGAGGCUUCCGCGUCACUUGUGCAACUGUGCCGCAGUCCCUUACACCUCGUCAGACCUUACACUGCGCAGUCCAGCUUCCCUUUCGAGCUGCAAAUUCGUGAACACUCGACCCCAUUGCAGCGUAGCGCACUUGAGCCCCAUCGCUUUUUCCUCCACGCAUGCCUACAGCGGUUCUCAUGGCACCCUCGGCCCUCGAUGCGACUCCUCACUCAAAGUCAGCACAGGCUUCAGCACUUCCACCAGCAACUUCCAUUUCGUCAGGUUUUGUGGCACUCUCUAAUGGCCGAUCUGAACACAUGCACCGGCCGACGGCGAGCAGCGCAGACGUGUAUGUGAGCUCUUCCAACGGGAAACAUGAUGCCUCUCGCACUCUUCCAGUCAUCGGGAAGCCUUCAAAUGGCCAAAUCAAUCCGCCUCACCAUCACCACCGCCAACAGCACCUACAACUUCAGCACAAGUAUCCUUCCCUAACUCCCCAUCUGGCCACGCACAUCACCAUCAGGUCCCACCCGGAGCGAGGCAGGGGUGUCUUCGCAACGCGUGACCUUUCUGCGGGCACCGUCAUAGACAUCAGUCCCGUGCUCCUGUUCCCAGCCAACGAGUACGAGCAGUACGGCCAACAUACCCAGCUGGACAGCUACACGUUCGUCUGGAGAAGAUCGAAGGAAGGCUCAGAGAUGGCUCUUGCCCUGGGAUUGGGCUCCCUGUUCAAUCACGACCCCAUCGCCCCAAACGUCUCUUACACUCUGGAUCACUCCUCACAAGUCAUUCGCUUCACAACUGCACGGCCGGCGCAAAAAGGCGAAGAGCUAUGCAUCAGCUACGGGGCUGGAAGAAUGUGGUGGGAAGCUAGCGAAGGAGAAUCUUCGCGCGCGGGUUCGCAGAGCGAACUCGACGAAGACGAGCUGCUGCGUUUAGGUCAGGGUCUCGACGAGGAUUGGGAGGCUGACAAGGGCAUUGCUACGAUGCAGCACAUCAAUAGGCAUGGGUUGCGGAAUGGUCACCCGGUCAAGCCAUCAGCGUCCAGCAGUGACCACGGGCGUCGCGAUGCUGCGCUAUCCACAACGCCAUCGCUUGCAAGCACUGCGCAACCUCGCUCUGCUGUGGCACAGGGCAAGCAACCUGAGCGCGGCAGACUGUGGCGCCUAACGGAGGCCAUCGAUCCCGAGAGCGCACCUCUCGAGCUUUUGCCAGCUUGGGUCAUCGACGUGGAGCCUCGGCGCACCGGCGCGUUUGUCAGCUUCCAACAAGCUUUCAAGAAGGCCGUGCAGGAAGCUGGGGUAUGCGACGAUCCGCAAUUGAUAGUAAGACAUCUUCGCACCUACCGCAAGACCAUGCUGUCGCCGCCGGCAGGAAAUGAGGUAUCAUUAGCGGGUCACAGUCGGCCUGCAGAGAAGCCGAGGCCGAUACUGCAGGGAAUGAUCUGUGCGCAGCAGAACAUGCCCAGCAAGGAAAUGCUGCUUGAACUCUUGGUGCGACUCGGGGCUUCCAGCUUUACUGUCAAUGGAGGUGAGCCGACGCCCUACUUGGUGGACGUACCGGCAGAUCCCGCUCCCUCGCGCAGUCGACUAGCCGAGUGGACCUCGUACUGGCCCACUAACCACCAAUCGCGAGGAAAUGAUUGCGCGGGACUGCAGUCCUCGAAUGCCAGCGUGCCGCUAAUCGUGGACCGGAUGAAGGACGAACAGCUAUGGACGCCCGAAGCGCUUCAAUGGGCCCGAAGCCACCUGCGAAAAUGCGUCGACUUGGCUUUGGAAGCGAAGUCGAAGGGGCAAGUGCCUAUAGCUGCGCGCGUCACUCUACCCUUCCACUUGCCGCCCUGGCGAGGAGGCGGCGUGCCGAGGACGACUUCGAGUGGAACUACGCAUACUUCCAACAGCAGCUCAAGAGCAGGCGAGGACAGUCCGAGAAGCGACGGCGCUACGACUUGCGAGGAGCCGCAAGCGCUGCGCAAUGCAGCGGCGGCAGCAAUCGCAGCUGCUGACGCAGCAGCCGUCACUAGCGCUCCUAUCGAAGCUGCAGCCCACGAUACGCGGAUAGAGGAGCGAAAUCCAUUAAAACAUGCCGUCACGAAUGUGAUCAAGACGGUGGCCAGCAUUCGAUCCGAGCGAGAAAAGGAGCGACACAAGCUGCUGGGACAUUCUCUGGCCGAUACGCGCACGCCGUCGCCGACCGUCGCGGGCGCUCGGAGCACGCAAGAAGAAGCAGAGCUUGGAGAAGAGCACAGAGCUUCAGCUUUGGUCGCUGCUGCUGGUGAUGAUGGUGGUGGUGGCGGUGGUAACGAGACGCCUGCGCGGUCAGUCUCUAGCAUCCCAGCGCGGGGAGCAGUAGCGAAUGGGCAGGAUUACCUCUUGACCUCUUUGGCGCUCUUCACGACGCACGAACCAUGCUUGUCCUGCUGCAUGGCGCUCAUACACUCUCGCGUCAGGGUGCUGUACUUUUUGUACCCUUCACCAGGCGCUGGUGGAUGCUGCGGCGCUGCGACGGGGAAGCUACUGGGAGGCAGGGAUGGUGGUCCGUAUGCUGUGCAUGAACAGAGCGGUCUGAAUCAUAGAUUCGAAGUCUGGCGUUGGCUAGGACCGUUGGACGAAGAUGCGACGGAGCAGGACAGCGCAAAGUUGAAGCAGGAACUGAGCAUUGAUGGGCUUGAGCCCUAGAGCAGAGCAAUGGCAUGAUGCUACAUCUACAUGCGGCGCAGUGAAGUUCGUCGUGAGCGACGUUGUUUGCGUCUCCUUUAUGGCCGCAAAGGCUUCGCCUUCAUCGGUUUGCCUUCAUCGUCCAAACGGACAUCUCCUUUGAGACCUCCUGACCAGGGUUGGACGGCCGCGGCAGCGGCCGCGGCCGGGGCGGUCUGGGAUUUCUCAGCUUGCUUCGACUCCUUGCCGCCAAGCGUUUUCACGUCCUCAUCCUGGCCCCAGCCAUCUGGCGCUCCGGCAUACUCGCCCCAGCCGCGAAUACCCUCGGCCUCAUUGAUGCGCAAGAUGACGUCGGUCGAGUUGAUACCUUGCAGCGCAUCCCAUUCGCGCUGAC